UUGUCACGUGAUGAGUCAGCUGACUUUCUGUGCCUUUCAUAAGAGGGAGCAGUUGGAUCUUCUCAAACAAGCGGUGUGUGCUGCAGGCAGACGCGCGCGCACACACACGUAUUCGUCGACUUUGUUCCAGUACACUUUUUGUGGAAGAAGAAGCGUGACAGUCGUGGAUCUCUCCGCCUGUGUUCACUACUCCCGAUCCUCACCCGGGGAAGAAAGCGUCGACCCCUCCAGUCUGCACAUUAUUUUCAGAUACAGUGGCAGAAGAAGGACACCUGCUGCCAGGACAAUGAGGCUCCCCACACCGCUGCCCUCCAUCGGGCUGACAACCUGCGCUCUGGUUUUAAUGUUGCCGUUGUUUGGGUCCUGUCAUCCAGCGCAGACCUCAGAGCGUCCGAGGCCGGUGUUCGUGGAGCAGUUUAGCCGACAGGCGGUCGGAUUUAACUGGAGAAAUGUCACCUGCCCCUUCUGCAAAGCAAUCUUCACCAUCCUUGAUAUCGCCCUUCUGAGUGAUGCAAAUGAGGAGCGAGUGGCACAUGCAGUAGGUGAAGCCUGUAUCCGUCUCCAUCUGGGUGAUGAGCAGGUUUGUCGAGAAAUCACAGAGUUGUUCAGGGACGACUUUAUCCGGGCUCUGCAGGAGUCCUAUCUGUGGCCCACUGAAGCAUGUGCCCUGCUUGUGGGCCCUUCCUGUGGCAAAUUUGACCUCUACGAAGCCUGGAACAUCACGUUGCCAAAGAUCCCCAAGCCCCCUGUCACACCACCCUCUCCCCCCAAACCUGGUUCUCCACAGAGUAGGGUCCUGUUUCUAACUGACAUCCACUGGGACCAGGAGUAUGUAGUCGGCAGCGCCGCAGACUGCAAGCACCCUCUUUGUUGUCGAAAUGACUCCGGCUCUCCAAGCUGGAAACGGAGGGAGGCUGGGUACUGGGGAACCUACAGUAAAUGUGACCUGCCUCUAUGGACGGUGCAGAACCUCCUGGAAAAUGCAGCCAAAGCUGGGCCUUGGGACUGGGUCUACUGGACCGGAGACAUACCAGCGCAUAAUGUUUGGUCUCAGACCAGGAACCAGCAGCUGUCAGAGCUUACAAUCAUCUCCAGGCUCAUCCACAAACACCUGGGUCCUAAUGUGACAGUUUACCCUGCUGUAGGGAACCACGAGAGUACGCCAGUGAACAGCUUCCCGCCGCCUUUUGUUCAUGGCAACAGAUCCUGCGCCUGGCUCUACAACACAAUGGCAGAGGAAUGGGCACCAUGGUUACCAGAUCAGGCUUUGAAGACUUUGAGAUAUGGAGGAUUCUACACAUUGGAGAUUCAGCCUGGUCUAAGGGUGGUCUCUCUCAACAUGAACUUUUGUGCUCGAGAGAACUUCUGGCUGAUGGUGAACUCCACCGAUCCUGCCAACCAGCUGCAGUGGCUGGUCCACGUCCUCCAGGCCAGUGAGGACAAGGGAGAGAAGGUACACAUCAUUGGUCACAUCCCACCGGGCCUGUGUCUUAGCAGCUGGAGUUGGAACUACUAUCACAUUGUUAACAGAUACGAAAGUACAAUUACUGGACAGUUUUUUGGCCAUACACAUCAGGAUGAAUUCCAAAUGUUUUAUGAUGAGGCGACAAUGUCCCGCCCAUUGGGAGUGGCGUUCAUCGCUCCCAGUGUCACUACUUACAUUAAUCUUAACCCAGGUUACCGGGUCUACUACGUGGAUGGGAAUUACCAAGGUAGCUCUCGGCUGGUGCUUGACCAUGAAACGUACAUCCUCAACCUCACAGAGGUAAACUCCAGUCCAGGAGCACCAGGCAGCCCAGAAAAGGACCCCAAAUGGACUCUGCUGUACCGUGCUACGAAGGCCUAUGGUGUGACCAGUCUGUUCCCCUCUGACUACGAUGGGCUGAUACGGACCUUUAUCAAUGAUGACCGGGUCUUCCAGAAGUUCUGGUACUUCAGACAUAAAGGACACGUGUCAGAGCCAUGCAAGGAGACGUGCAAAACAACAUUGCUCUGCUUUUUGCGAAGUGGGCGGGCUGAUGAGCUGGAGCAGUGUGACCUCCUCAAUGGUUUUGGGGGAGACUUGGCCAGGGCUGCUAGAAAAACCCUUUGUUGACCUGUGGAAGUUUAGAUUGAAUGUCUGUCGGGGGGGAGAGAAGCAAGCAAUAUGACCAAAUAUGAAAUUGAGCCAAAAAGUUUGUGUCCUGUUUGUUGGUCAACAUGGAUUAUUGUAAUUGCACAACAUGAACGUCACUUGACCUAUUACUCUUGACGGUUUAUGUGGAUUCUGUAAACCUGACACUGAGCCUGAAGAGUUCUCAGUUAUGCCUUUGUAAAAACACAAUUUAACACAAAGAUCUGUCAUUUGCAAUAUGCUUAAGGUUUGUCAACUGGUGUCUUGCAAUUGUAAAGGCUGCUUGAUUUUCCUGAAAGAUGUUCUGUUUACUUGAAAUGCACAGGAUUGCAUGAGUUAAGUGGUUUGUUUAAAUUUGCUUUUCCUUGAAUCCGGGAAAAUGGUGUUAAACAUCAAUCUAUCCUUAACCACAAUCUUUAAAGCUGCUUAAAUGCUUUUCGGCAUCAUAGCUUGUACCCAAUAUCCAUAUAAUUAUCGGGCUUCAUAAAAUCCCAAAUCUUUCAUCAAAUAUUUAAAUUCUGAAGAUGCUUUCUCAUGAAUUGUCACACAUAACAGGAGGGUUUGUAUUAAAAUGUAUAAUUGUCCUUUUGACCUAUGCACACUGCAGUGUUAACACAUUUGCUGGAACUUGACGUUUGUUAAAAACAUUCAGGCUGUUGAAUCUGGUGAGUUAAUGGACCUCAGCAAUGACCUCUCCAGUUUGACCUCUGCUGAGUUGCUUACAGUAUCUUAACUCAAUAAUUUUGACUCUGUCUGCACCAUGUGGAGAUUUAGCACAGUUUGUAAAUAAUCUACCUUAAUUUAACAGGCAGCGCUCAGCAAAGAGGCCUUCAAACCUGAUUAAGUAUGUCACUGAGGUUUACUUUUGUCUGCACUUUAAUGUUUUGUUUAGCUAGUUAAUGUCUAGCUUUGAGAGUAAGUCUUAGACCUAAAAGUAUGAUGAGCAUGUGAAAGGUCUCUGAUCUUUGUAUGUGACUGGUGUAACAUGAGCAUGACCAGUAAUGCAACUCGUAAAAUGAGCAAUCAAGUAAAGAAUGUAUAAAUUAUGAAAAUAAAAAAUGACGUCCA